UUACACCUUCUAUAUAAAGGAAAUAAAACAGGGUCUUUGAAGAAUUGUGUCUUGCUAUAUUCACCACAGAUUUCUCUCCCUCUUCCAUGGAGUUUCUUGAGAACAAAAGCAUUUUGAUCACUGGGGCCACUGGUUUUCUAGCAAAGAUUUUAGUUGAGAAAAUACUUCGAGUUCAACCGAAUGUGAAGAAACUCUAUCUACUAUUGAGAGCUGAUGAUGAAAUUAUAGCCAAAAAACGGUUUUAUAAUGAGGUGAUAGAGAAAGAUUUGUUCCAAGUGUUGAAGAAGAAAUAUGGUGCAGAUCUGAAUACUUUAAUUUCAGAAAAAAUUUGUUUGGUGCCUGGGGAGAUCUCAUUCCCACAAAUGGGAUUGAAAGAUUCGAUUUGGAACACCAUGAUAAAGAAUGAAGUGGAAAUAAUUAUAAAUUUAGCUGCUACAACCAAUUUUAAUGAAAGGUACGAUGUAUCACUUGGCACCAAUACACUGGGAGCUAAACAUGUUGUAAACUUUGCAAAACAAUGUUCUAAUUUGAAACUUCUUGUCCAUGUAUCCACUGCUUAUGUUUCUGGAGAAAGGGAAGGACUUAUAAUGGAAACUCCACAUAAGUUGGGUGAAUCUCUUAAUGGGAAUAAAGGGCUAGACAUUGAAGGAGAGCAAAUGGUAGUAGAAGAGAAAUUAAAGCAACUUAAAGAGAGUGGAGCAACAAAUGAGACUAUUACUCUAGCCAUGAAAGACUUGGGCCUUGAAAGGUCAAAAUUAUAUGGAUGGCCAAAUACAUAUGUCUUUACAAAGGCAAUGGGUGAGAUGAUAAUCGGUGACCUAAAAGACGAUCUACCUUUGAUCAUCAUUCGACCAACUAUAGUUACAAGUACUUACAAAGAACCAUUUUCUGGUUGGGUCGAAGGAGUUAGGACAAUCGAUAGCCUUAUUGUUGGAUAUGCUAAAGGAAAGCUAACAUGCUUUGUUGCUGGAAUAAAUUCAAUCAUUGAUUUGAUUCCAGCAGAUAUGGUGGUAAAUACAAUUAUCAUGGCGAUGAAAGUUCAUAAAUUUCAACCAUCUAAUCAAACAAUAUAUCACGUGGGUUCUUCAACAAGAAAUUCCAUGAAACAUAUUGAUUUUCAACGUUUUAAUUAUCAAUAUUUUACUAAGAAACCAUUGAUCGAUAGAGACGGAAAUGCUAUUAAAGUUGGAAAAGUUACUAUCUUCAACAAUAUGACCAACUUUCGUAGAUACAUAGCCAUUCGCUACUUAAUUUUUCUCAAGGGACUGGAAAUUGCAAACAUGGCAUUCUGUCAUAGUUUUCAAGACAAGUACAUUAAUAUGAAGAGGAAAUUCAAUUUGGUGAUGCGGCUCAUCGAACUCUAUCGCCCAUAUCUAUUCUUCAAUGCCAUAUUUGAUGAUACAAAUACAGAAAGAUUGAGAAAAGAUAUACAAAACAAAGAUACAAAAGAGGCAUUAUUUAUGGAUCCUAAGGAUAUAAAUUGGGAGGAUUACUUUCUCAAUGUCCACAUUCCUGGACUUGUUAAACAUGUCAUCAAAUGAUCCUCUAAUUCAUUUGCAAACACAAAUUUAUCACUUGUUUAAUUCCUCAUUGAAUGCUUUUUUUUUUUUUAAUAAUUUUUUUCAUAAGUUGAGCAUAAUUUAUUACCAAAUUAAGUUGUGUUUACUAUUAAGUAUGUGAGGGAUAAAUAUUAUUAUUGUAUUAUUGCAAAAGAAAAAUUUAUGAAUGUGAAAGGGAAUUAAAUCCAUUGAUUUAGCUCAAGGUGGGGCAGAUAUUAGACU